AUGUCGACCAAUGUGCUGGUUUAUGGAGGAGGAGCGGUUGGCGGGAUUUUUGGUUGGAGGUUAGCACAGUCAAGCGCAAAGAACGUUGUUUCUGUAGUUUGCAGGUCAAACUAUGAGAGAGUCAAUGCAUCGGGUUACAUCCUACAAACCAAGAAAUGGGGAAGCGCUGCAUGGAAGCCCCAUCAUGUCCACAGAGCAGGCGGCUUUGAGCGUCAACCUCGACAACACUUCGACUACAUCAUCCUGGCAAACAAAAUCAUCAAURGCCACUCCGGCGCAAUCCGAGAUCUACAGGCUCUCGUGGGACCGGAUACUACCCUUGUCGCUGCUCAGAAUGGAAUGGAUGUUGAAGUUCCAAUACAACAAGCGUUCCCAAGAAACACAAUAUUGACUGCCAUUUGCAACAUCGGAUGCAAUCAGGCAAACCACGGCAUGAUUGUCCAAGAUGCGCACAUCAAGAAGCACGCAUUCCUUAUUGGAGUGCACGGCCAGCACAGAAACAUCGAUCUCCGAAGACGUGAUGCUCUCGUCUCCAUGGACUCUGAGUUCGACAGCAUCGAUUGCGUUCGWCAGGAACGAUGGAGGAAGUUGAUCUUCAACAGUGCCUGGAACUCAACCACAGCUUUGACCGGACUGGAUACCCACCAACUUCUUGAACACCCCAGCGCUAUUCUACUUGUAUCCCAACUCGCACGUGAGGCAUUCAAUGUCGCCAUUGCAAGUGGCAUUGAGCUUGACGCGGAUCUUCCCAACAAAACGAUCGAAUUGGCGAGAGCAGCACCUGCGAUCACGCCAUCAACAUUACAAGACGCUCGCAGUAAGCGUCCGAUGGAGCUCACCCCAAUCUUCGGCUACAUUUGCCAACAAGCUGCGAGGGUUGGCGUUUCAGUACCCACAAUGACCUGGAUGUACGACUUGUUGCAGCAAAGGAACAUCCUUCACACAGCUCAGCAACCACUACACGCAACCUCAUGGCGCGCACCAGCAUCAAUGGAGGACUUGCUAGGAAAAGGUGUUGCUCUAGGGCUUGCCGGUCGCAGCCAGACCGGCGGGUUUGCAACCGCAUCGCUUUGA